UGGGCGGAAGGUUCGGUGGCAGUCGUCGGACUUCCAGCUGGUGGGAGUUGGCGUCGCAGUGCUGGGCUCUGGGGCUCGCGUUUGUGUAGUUUGGAAAGUCGGUCUGUGGCGUCGUCCCUACCGGUCUGAUCCCGGGUUUCUUCUGAUCAAUCCCACGCGUGGGGCCUCGCGAAGGAAUCCCCGGCCCCUUUGGGCCACGGCCGUAGAGGUGCCUCAGAGAUUUUCUUGUAGUCACAUCGUAAAGCCUCCAAGAUGGUACUAGCAGACCUUGGAAGAAAAAUAACAUCAGCAUUACGCUCAUUGAGCAAUGCCACCAUUAUCAAUGAAGAGGUAUUAAAUGCUAUGCUAAAAGAAGUAUGCACAGCAUUAUUGGAAGCAGAUGUUAAUAUUAAACUAGUGAAGCAACUCAGAGAAAAUGUAAAGUCUGCUAUUGAUCUUGAAGAGAUGGCAUCUGGUCUUAACAAAAGAAAAAUGAUUCAGCAUGCUGUAUUUAAAGAACUUGUGAAGCUUGUAGACCCUGGAGUUAAAGCAUGGACACCUACUAAAGGAAAACAGAAUGUGAUAAUGUUUGUUGGAUUGCAAGGGAGUGGUAAAACUACCACAUGUUCAAAGUUAGCUUAUUAUUACCAGAGGAAAGGUUGGAAGACCUGUUUGAUAUGUGCAGACACAUUCAGAGCAGGGGCUUUUGACCAACUAAAACAGAAUGCUACCAAAGCAAGAAUUCCAUUCUAUGGAAGCUAUACAGAAAUGGAUCCUGUUAUCAUUGCCUCUGAAGGAGUGGAGAAGUUCAAAAAUGAAAAUUUUGAAAUUAUUAUUGUUGAUACAAGUGGCCGUCAUAAACAAGAAGACUCUUUGUUUGAAGAAAUGCUUCAAGUUGCUAAUGCUAUACAACCUGAUAACAUUGUUUAUGUGAUGGAUGCCUCCAUUGGGCAGGCCUGUGAAGCCCAGGCUAAGGCUUUUAAAGAUAAAGUAGAUGUAGCCUCAGUUAUAGUGACAAAACUUGAUGGCCACGCAAAAGGAGGUGGUGCACUCAGUGCAGUUGCUGCCACAAAAAGUCCGAUUAUUUUCAUUGGUACAGGGGAACAUAUAGAUGACUUUGAACCUUUUAAAACACAGCCUUUCAUCAGCAAACUUCUUGGUAUGGGUGACAUUGAAGGACUGAUAGAUAAAGUCAACGAGUUGAAGUUGGAUGACAAUGAAGCACUUAUAGAGAAGUUGAAACAUGGUCAAUUUACGUUGCGAGACAUGUAUGAACAAUUUCAAAAUAUUAUGAAAAUGGGCCCCUUCAGUCAAAUCUUGGGGAUGAUCCCUGGUUUUGGAACAGAUUUUAUGAGCAAAGGAAAUGAACAGGAGUCAAUGGCAAGGCUAAAGAAAUUAAUGACGAUAAUGGAUAGUAUGAAUGAUCAAGAACUUGACAGUACAGAUGGUGCCAAGGUUUUUAGUAAGCAACCAGGAAGAAUCCAGAGAGUAGCAAGAGGAUCAGGUGUGUCAACGAGAGACGUUCAAGAACUUUUGACACAAUAUACCAAAUUUGCACAAAUGGUAAAAAAGAUGGGAGGUAUCAAAGGACUUUUCAAAGGUGGUGACAUGUCUAAGAAUGUAAGCCAGUCACAGAUGGCAAAAUUGAAUCAACAAAUGGCCAAAAUGAUGGAUCCAAGAGUUCUUCAUCACAUGGUGUGUGACUUUCUUGGAGAGAAGAUUGCAUCUGUUUUGGGCAUCAGUACUCCAAAAUACCAGUAUGCCAUUGAUGAGUAUUACCGGAUGAAGAAGGAGGAGGAGGAGGAAGAAGAAGAAAACAGGAUGUCUGAAGAAGCAGAAAGACACUACCAACAGAAUAAGCUGCAGGCUGAUUCCAUUGUUCAGACAGAUCAACCAGAAACAGUGGUGUCUAGUUCAUUUGUGAAUCUCAAUUUUGAAAUGGAGGGAGAUUGUGAAGUAUUUCCAGAAAACAAACAAAAUCCAGUCUCUGUCCCACCGUAGAAUGCAACGACUCUCAAACUUCAAACUCUAAGGUGGUUUUUAUACCAGGAACUUUCACAUUCUCUAUUCAGUGGGAUUUAAUAGUUAUUUAUAUUUUAAAUUAUUAUCUAUAAAGGAAAAACUCUUUUAUUCUUGGGCUCUAUCUAGCAAAAGUCAGAUCUGAAAUUUGGAUAUUUGUACUAUGCUUUUACUGUGUGUCAAAUUAGUGUUUUGGUUUUAAAAUGAUCUUUAUAAAAAUGUUAAGGACAUUUUAGAGCCCUAACUGCCAAUUAAGAAGAGUUAAUUAUCAUGCUUGUCUGUUAUUUGUGUUUGUACAAAAAAAAUGGGUUAAGUUGCUGAAUAAGGCUAGAGUUGAUAUUCCUAAUCUCAAAUGAAAAAGGAUUUUCCCUGUUUUUUUCAUGCUCUUAUUCAUAUAUCUAACCAUUAACUUCAUACUAAAGAUGAUUCACUGAGGAAUAAAAGGAGUAAAAGCACUUUGAAUUUUCUUUCCUUGAGAAUAACUUUAUUUUAUGGAAAGGUGAUUGAGUCUGUAACACCAAAUAAGAUGGGUUUCCUUUUUUUUCUUUUUUAAAUGUUUUUAUGGAUUUAUGGUGUGAUUCAUGGCAUAUGAUGGCAAUCUUUUUAGUAAUGGGUCUAUACUAAAUAAUUUAGUUAUCAGAUUAUGUAAUUAAUGGAUUAGUUAUCAGCUUAUGUAAUUAAUGCCACCAUAAGUUACAGUUCACCAAUAGUCUAAAACAUGCUAACCUGACAUCUUCCCUCCAAUUUUUUUUUAACUUCCAAUUUGAGUUAGUACUUCCAACUGAGAUAUUUGGUUAUCCAGUGAAGGCAUGCAUAUUUAAAGGUGAUCUGUUUCUCCUUAGAGGUAAUAUAUCUAACAAAAACUAGAAACUUGUCUGGUUAUAGUAGAAGGAAGAUGAUGACCUAUGAAGAUUUUGUGCUUCUUGUAUUUUAUUUUCUUUACUUGUCUAACAGUGGCCAGUUUGUAAUGUUUAUAGUUAUACACUGUGCCUUAAAUUUUUAUAUUUUUAUUUAUGCAAACUAUAAAAUUUCCCAUAAAUGCAUUAAAUGGUUUUAUCUUAUUUUUAA